UGGGAGUAUUUAACUCCCAAAUAAUUUUUUUAUUGUUAUUUUAUUGUAUCUAUGGUUGAUCAGAUCUAGAUCGGUGUUGGUCAUUUUUUCUCGGUUGAUUGGGUGAGCUUCUGUGGCGCAAAAAAUUGUUGACAAAAUUGGGAAUAAUUGCUCCUAUUUUGCCCAUUUUUUCUCGUCCUCGUACCUUUCUUUUUUCUCGUCUACGAGUUUUGUUACGAAUUUUGAUCAUAAAAUACUUAUAAAAAUCGAAAUUUGUUUUUAUCUUAAGAUUCGAUUUUUUUUUGUUUUUCUAAUUGUUCUAUUUUUUCAUUUUAGAAAAAUUUAACAAUUAUGAUUGACGAUUCAUCGAUAAUUACAGAAUCUAAAGGGCAUGGUUAUUCUAAUUGUGACAUUACCAGUAUUCUUUCAGUGUCUGGUGGAUCAAAUUCAGAUCGUGAAAAUCAUCCUAAUGAAUUUGCUUCUUUACAAUUUUUGGACAGAAAUGAAUUACUUGUUAAACUUACUCGUAUAAUUUUUGAGGAUUUUUGUACGCAUAUUCUUGGAAUGCAUUCAAGGAUUAGCCAUAAUAAGGAAAACAAGGAUGAAUGGUUUUUGGAGUUGCUGCGUAAAUUUUUAGAGAUUUGUGAAUGUGGAGUUAAUGGCAUUGAAAAAUUCUGUAAUGACUCUUCUCAUAUUGACCCACAUUCUAAAAUUCUUUUAAAUCAACUAACAUUGGAAAGAGCUUCUUAUGCAUUGAUUUUAAGGAUGCAUGACUCUGAAAAAUUGUUAAAUGAUAAUCAAAUUUUGACCCUUUUACUAUGGAAUGAAGAAUGUUCUCUUUUUUCUCCGACCGAUUUUAGCAGAAUCUCAAAUGAAGACGCUCUAAAACUUACGGAUACGGAAAAUAUUUAUGCUUCUACGAAAUUACGGAAUCCCAUUCAUAUUGAUUCAAGAUUUGUUGAUCGACUUGUUGCAGAAGAUGAAGAAUCAAUAAAAACAUUAAACACCUUGCUAUUUUCACUUAUUCGUUCAGGACGUUUAGAAGAAGCCAAAUCGUUAUUGGAUAAUGUCGGCCUACCUGCUUUGUCUAUUUUUAUUUUAAUUCGUGAAUUUCUGACAAAUCAAAAACUUACACCUUUGGAUCGUUUUGAAGAUAAUUUUAUUUUGGCACAGUCUCGACUUUAUUUUAAACAAAUGGCUCGUGAAUUAAUUCCUUUGGAAGGUAAAGGCCGUGUUCAACCAUCUGAUCAAUGUAUUUGGGCAACAAUUUCCGGACAUUUACCGACGCUGUUUAAUUACGCUAAUUCUUCUGAGGAUCGUCUCUGGGCUCUUUUAAGCUGUGCAGUUGAAGCAAUUUUAGAUAAUUCACUUGCCGAUUUACAUUCAACAAAUGGUGGAAGAAUUAGUUUAAUAUUCAAUGAUUUGUCAGUUGAGAAUGAAGAUGUUCCAAAAGAUAUUCAUUCAAUAUUUAAACAAAUUCAAAUAAAUGAUGAAAACCCUUAUUAUGCUCUUUUUGAAUUUUUAUCUCUUGAAGAUUGGCCAUCAGUAGCCAAGUAUAUUGGUACUUAUUUAAAUGAUAAUCAGUCACAAAAAACAGCAAAUGAGCUUCGUUACUUUAUUCAUCUUCUGCUUUUAUUAAAAUUUUCUGAUCGUUUACCUUCAAAUUUGGAAAAUGUUUUGGUUAAUUUAAUAGAGAAUUACUCAUCAAUAUUAAUUCAAAUGAAGUUAAAUCCUCUUGUUCCUUUUUAUUUAUUUCAUUUACCUCAAAAAGAACAAUCAUUUGAAAAAAUGUUAAAUUUUCUUGAAGGCAUUACAUUUGAGCCAGAACAGAAUGAAAUUUUGGAUAAUGCUCAAAAUGUCGGUUUUGACGUUCCUCAGCUUUGCACAGAACUUUUUCAACGAUUUAAACAAAAAUAUAAAUUAGACGUCGACAAAGAUGGCGAACAAAGAAAUUUGGUCAAAUCUGCAAAUGAGAUGUUACGUGCCUGGAAAUGGUUGACAUUUUGUGGUACUGAAACUAUUUGGGAUGCUGUUAUUGAGGCAAAUUAUUUACUGCGCAAAUUUUUUUUGUACAAUAGAAUGGAUGAAGCUAUGGAACUAAUAAGAAUGGUCCCGGAAAAUUUAAGUGAUGAUGCUAUUGAUUGUUUCCAAAAAAAAUUCCAAGACAUGGAAAUACCUGUUCGCCUUCUUGAUGCUAAAUAUGAAUUUGAAUGUUAUCAAUUUUAUUUUGAAGCAAUUAAUAGAUAUGAUGAAUGGCAAAAACAGAUGGAAGGAGAUCAGGCACCAGAAAUUCCUCAAAAACUAAGUGAUGAACGUUGGGCACGAUUGGACAUUCGUCGGAGAACAGAAUAUGAAUUGAGUGUUAGACGAGCACAUGAUUGUUUGCAGAAAUAUUAUCGCCUUGUUGAACUCUAUAAAAAGAGGGUAGUGGAAAUGUUGGAGCAUAUUUUAAAAGCGCCCAAUGGUUGGCUUGUUGCAUCACCAUUAGAAAAUAAUGGUGAUACUGAUUCAGAGAACUUUCUAGCAAAUCUCUUGGAAUUGCUUGUUGAUAUUCAUACACGAUCAGAUGAACCAAUGAAGGUCCUUGAAGUCGGGAAAUUGCUGUUUGAUCCGACAUUCUGUUUAUACAAAGUUUUGACGAAGGAUAAAUUGCAGAAAUUAUUUGUUCUUAUUUCCAAAUCUGGAGCAGCGCUUCUUUAA